CCCUAUCACCAAUGUUCUCAUCAAAGGCAGCAUUCAAACUUCUCGAUCGCGAGCGUCCACGGGUUAGUGUCGAGGUCGUAGUCAACGCGGGCACCUCAUUGGCUCCCGAGCCACCAGAAACGGAAAUAAUUCGUGCUCACACCACCGUUGAACGUCGGCAUGACGCCCAAUCGACCAACACCCCUAAAAUCCACUCUCCGUCUACAGCGUAACUAUCAAUGCUUCAUCACUGUCCACCGCAGUCCCCUCGUCGACAUCACAAUCCCAAUAGAUCUCCUUUAAAUACCAGCUCACGCGUCAAAGAUGUUCUAGAAUGUCUACGCAGUGCCACGUCCAUGCCAUCAAGCACCUUUCCCUACCUCCAUGCACGCGCAGCUGCAGUGAUUACACCAAUAUUCCCUCGCCAUGACCAUGAUGCAAUGAACCCAUGGAACAAAACAAAACAAAACAAAGAGCAAAGCAAAAAUAAAAAACAAAGCAGAGCUCGAAACAUGCGUAUCCUAACUAACACGAACAAUUCCCAUGUCACAGAGAGAAUGACAGUGACGGGGGGAACUGGAUGUGACGUCACUACUUGCAGACCACGAAGCGUGCACUCAACUCGACUCGACCAUUUCACUCCGCACACGCGCACGCACGCGCAUAAAAACGUACGAAACCAUCUCCGGCUCUCCUGGCUUGACUGUAGACACGCAGGCACACGCAGGCACACGCGGGCACACACGUGGUGAGGCUCGCUCGCGCUUGCGCAUAUGUCAGAUCAGUGUCUUAGAUUCAGAAUCAUGCUAUACCUGUGUCGGAUGACACUGACGGUGACGACGAUGAUGAUGUUG